AUGAAAAGCUAUAACAAACAAGGAAGAGAAUUCGAUAAUACCAUCAAGAAACUUUUGAGGAAGAAGGGGGUGAAAUGGGGGAGAUGGAUUGCAUACAAAGAUAUACAGCGCUUUGAAGGCGCCUUAUCAGGCGUCAAUAAAGAAGUUACUGUUGCAAUUAUGGUAGCCCGAUCGAAGAAAGGGUAUACCAAAAAUGCAAUAGAUAGAGCAAACAGAGCCAAACAAUCAGCCGGAUAUAACAUCAUCUUAACAGAUGAGAAAGAUUUAUAUUCGGACUUGAUUGAAUACAUCGAGUCAAAUGGACUUGAUGGCUCUAACAAAGCAUUGAAAGAAGAGUUAAAAGAAAUUCAUUUAGAAGCUCAGCGAUUAGGCACUGAACUUCAGCAAUUAAGAUCAGAAAUUGCUGAACUUCGAGAUCUUGUAGCCUCUUAUUUAAAUAAAUAA